AUGGAUCCAAAAUAUUAUGUGUACAUAAUUCUUCUACUACAUAGCGCCUUCAACCCUAUCGAAGCGGAAACGGAAACAUACCGAAUGACGGAUCACGUUUUCACCUGUAGCAAAUGGCUUUCAUCAGUUAUUGAAAACCUUUGCAAUAACGUCUACAGAAUUGUUAAGAGAGACACUUCGUUAUUAAUGGAGAAACUGACACCUCGCGAUAUUCAGAAGAGUGUGAAUAGACGUCGGUUUCUAGCUGAAGAGAAAUGGCGUCGCUUGCGUAGGCAAGUCGCGACUGAGUGCUGUGUGGAGGCAUGUACGAUCAGCAACAUCAUUUUGUACUGCCCCGAGAACUCCAAAGUCAUUAAAGAAAACCCCCAUAUCUUUGGUUAA